AUGGCUUCCAUCACCAAGCUUCGAUUACUAAACUCAUGUAAUCGUCAAAAACUUUUUCCGGUAUAUCAAAUUCAAGCUCGUCAUUUGUCAUCAAUCCUAAACCCUGAUUCCACCACUCCUCUCUCCAGCAAAGAGAAAUCACGAGCCGCUCUUUCUCUCCUCAAAUUCGAGAAAAACCCAGAACGAAUUAUUGAAAUCUGCCGAGCAGCUUCACUCACGCCGGAGUCUCAUCUCGACCGCGUCGCCUUCUCGAUCGCCAUUUCAAAGCUCACCGAGUUAAAUUACUUCGAGGGCAUCCGUAAUUUCAUCGAUGAGUUGCUUAAAACCCGACCAGAUUUGAACAAUGAGAAGUUCAUCUCUAACGCGAUUAUUUACUACGGUCAAGCUGGGCUGUUAACCAAUGCAUUCCAACUGUUCGAUAAAAUGCCCGAACUGGGUGCUGUUCAAAACGCGAAAUCUCUAAAUGCUCUACUCUUUUCUUGUAUGUUGGCAAAGAAAUACGACGAGGUGAAGCGUGUUUAUCUCGAUUUUCCUCAAAAAUACGGCAUCAAGCCUAAUCUCGAUACCUAUAACACCGUAAUCAAGUCCUUUUGCGAAUCAGGCUCAUCGAGUUCAUGCUACUCAGUGACAGCCGAGAUGAUUAGAAAGAAAUGCAAGCCAAAUGCAACCACAUUUGGCACCAUGAUUGCUGGGUUUUACAAAGAAGAAAAGUUUGAGGAAGUUGGGAAAGUGCUCGAAAUGAUGAAAAAGUAUGAAGUUCCUGUAACCCUUGGAACGUACAACAUCAGGAUUCAGAGCUUGUGGAGGGGAAGUGGUGAUUUUAAAGCAGCAUUGGAGGUUUGUAAGAAGAGUAUGGAGAAAGAUUGGUUUCCCAAUUUUUCUACUAUGAAGUUGCUUGUUGAAGGGCUUGCAAAUAGUGAUAAGGUUGAUGAGGCAAAAGAGAUUAUUGGAAAGGCGAAGGAGAAGUUUCCUAAGAAUGCUGGUAUGUGGAAUGAAGUAGAAGAGAAAUUACCAAAAUAG